AUGGUUUACCCGUUCACUAUCCCCCUGCCGCUUCUACCGGCUCCUACAGCCGUCCCUCUUCCACCAACGGCAUUCCUAACUCCGGACCAGGCCAUGUCUGCGUCGCCACCUGUUCCCAUGCCGGUCCCGACCCCAAUCUAUACUGCUCCUCCGCUGAUGAUAUUCUCGGCGUCGACAACCUUUGCUCCUGCUCACAUCACCGAAUCCUUCCCUUUCCCAACCCCACAACCGAAUAUUAACCUCCGCUACCAAGCUUCACCGCCCCUGAACAUCCCAUUCCUCAAACCGGGUAUGCUAAUCCAGACAGCCCUCACAACUCCACUCGCCAAUUUCCUUCCCGAAGAAGAAACCGAGCAGGAGCGUAGGUUGAAGAGAAUGGAAGAAACGAUACGAGCCCUGCAAGGGAAUGAGACUCGCCCCAACGCUAGCUACGACGAUUGUGGUCUCUUCCUAGGCAUGCGACUACCGUUAAAGGUCAAGAUUCCGGAGUUCAAGACUUACGAAGGCACAACCGACCCGCGGCACCACCUCCGUCAUUACCGGGGGAAGAUGCUGCAAUAUUGGGAUUACGAGGAGUUCGUCAUCCACUCGUUCCAAGACAGCCUGACAGGAUCGGCCCUCGAUUGGUUCAUGUCGCUAAAGGCCGAGGACAUCCCCGCGUGGGCGAACCUUUCCCGAAAGUUCAUUGAUCAAUACCAAUACUGUGCGGAAGCGCCUUCGAUCCUUAUAGAGUUGAGCAUGAGAGAAAUGGCCCAAGGCCAAAAGUUCGAAAACUACGCAGCCAAAUGGCGUGCCCAGGCGGCAAAACACAUCCCUCCGAUCAGCGAGGUACAACAGAUUCAAUUAUUCCACUACACCCUGCGAGGGGUGUACUACUCACAUCUAUUGGCCAGCACUUCCUCAUUUUUCGACUUCAUCGAGGCCGGGAAGAAGCUUGACAUGGGUAUCAAGCUCAGCAUGAUGGAAGGCCCCGUCGGCAAGGGGGAAGGAGAACCUUCUAGAAGAGCAACCGCCGGAGCACCCUACACGGAAGGCAGGAAAGGCAAGGAAAUGGCGGUCAAUGUCAUCAACCCGGGACACCCAGGGGCCCAGCCGUAUUCAGUGAAUUUCACGCCCCCGCCACCAAGUGCACCUGGAUAUGUGCCUCCUACGGGACACUACCAACCGCACUACCCCGCUCAGCCGAUCUACUACUCGGCCCCACCAGUCCCACUUCUCCUUGCGGCCUCGCAACCCAUCUUCCAUUAUUACACCCUCGCUCCACCUCAAACCUCGCAGUAUAGACCUUCGGCUUUGAGAGCUCCUCAGCUGACACAACAGGUCACACCCCCACAGGGUCAAUAA